AUGGCGGCGGCCACUUCUUUGGGAGUUCACCAGCCCAUCGGACUGCGAUAUGCCAUCGAUGAAGGCUUCCUCCCUCCGAACCCUCCCUCCUCGUCCUACUCUUGGGAGAUAUUCGUCGACCGACAGGCUCACGCCGAGUGUGAAGACGAGCUGUUGACCACCGAUACCUGCGUCAUCUGGUCUCGCGGCGGCAUCUUUCGAAAGAGCUUCAGGUUCGACAUCGAGAACGAGAAAGUCACCCAGGCUCUCCUCACAUAUUUCCCUACCUCGACAGACUCCCACCCCAUUGUCAGCGCUGCCCCUUCGCAGCCCGAGAAACCCACGACCGAAAAGCAUGACGCGAAACCACCUCUCGCCCGAGCCCUCGUCGUCUUCCUCAAGACCCAAGCCCACAUCUACUUCCUCUCCGGAACCAGCCAUGUCGUCCACAUGCCCUUCGAGGUCGAGUCGGCCUGCGCCGCUCCCGUUGGCGUCAUCAUCCAACGGAAACAGCGAGCAAACAAUACCCUGCCCGUUACCUUGCGACUGCCCAAGGUUCCGCCGAACUCCUUCGUCUCGUCACAGCCCUCGUCCAUCUUCAGCCAAACCGGCGCCGAAUUCUCCAUCGAAGGCCUGGGACGACCCAAGGCGCUCCCUUUGAAGCUGAGCAACACUUUGGAAAACAUGUGGCAACCACCCAUGGAGACCCCCGACAGUCCUUGGCCUCGGCUUGUGUGUUUGACGGACCCCUUGCUCGAGAUCGGUUUGAUAGUCACCCACCCGGAAAACAAAAAGACAAACAAGAGACGUCAAGGAGUCUCUCUCGCCUCCAACUUUCUCAGUCCAGCCGAAGAGAUUGUCCAUGUCGAAGCAAUCGAAAUACCUGGCUAUGCCUCUGCCUCGCAAAGUGAGACUUGCAUUGCUGUUACCGUUAACAGAGAAAACAGCAUGUACAGCGUCUGGCGCUUGACCUUUCUGGAAAACGAAGAUCCCUUCAUUGGCAAAAGGAAGAAGAAACCCGCCAAGUCGACUCGCAGGCGCAGCUCCAUGGCUCCCGGCAUGCCCAGCGGUGCCAGCACCCCGGUCCAUCCCUCCAUUAGAGAUAGCUUCGGUGCUCCUCUGCCCGGCAAGAAGCCUCGCAAAAGUGUCAGGAUCGAUGAGCGGGAAAAAGAAAAGGACAAGGGUCGGGCGCUCGAGGGUGUUUUGAAUUCUCUAGACCCCCAGAGAACUGAUGACGAUGCCCGCAGACAGUCUCGUCGCGUAAGCUCUCUGUUGGCCAGAGCUGACUUGUCCGCAUCCCAGGAGAGGGCGAGUUUCUCCGAGCAAACACUACAUGCGGUGCAUGGAGGUAGAAGGGGAGAUUCACUAGGCAGUCAACGGACACGCAUGAGCGGUGCCUACGGCGGUUUACAUCUGGGCACUUCCUUCAACCAUGGUCUCAACAGCCUAGCCGAGGCGCCUGUCGACUCUUUGCUUGAGGAGCUCCGUGCUGGUGGUGACUUUGAGGGCUUCCACAAUAUGGGCUUGGAUGAUCAUGAGUUCGAAGGGCUAACCCACGAAAUGCUCUUCAGAAAAAUUCACAGCUUUCCCAUGGACAACGCCAACGUCCGCUACUCUCUUGCCGACAAACCGGCUAAGACGCAGUCCAAAGUGUUCAUUCUCGUCGGCCCCCCUACUGCCACUGACGAGCAGGGUCGUGUCCAGAUUCUUCUUGGAAUCCAGGACGUCGUCGACAAGAGGUUGCAGCUCCUGACUCUGCAUGUUCCGCAUCCCGUCCCAGGGUCCACUGUCGAGCCAGCCACGUCAGGACUCUCCUCCAAAGCUCCCAUGGUUUUUAGUGAACUUCGACGGGCGCAAAACGUCAUCGACUCGUGCAAGAUCUCGGAUGGAAACGAGCAGACCAUACUCAUUCUCUCCGAAGACAAGGCUGGUGGCAGGGAGCUAAGUCUGCAAUCCCCAUGGAGCCAGCUCACCACUGUUGACGCGACUCUCCUUCUUCUUGACGAUGUCAACAACCUGAGCUACUCGGGGACUCAUAGAACAAAUACGCCGUCGGUGGUAAACAAAUCAGAGGGAGUUCGCCUCUCCCAGAUCCGCAUCGAUGCAUUGUGCCACAGCUCUCCCCGUGGAGUCGUCGAUUUAAUGGACAAGAACGGCGCAUUUCAUCGCAUUCGUCUCAAGCUUCACCCAUCCUCAUCCCAGGUUCGCAAGGCCUUGGACGCUUGCCGAAGUGUUCUUCCUCCUUCACAUGCAGAUCGACUGCUGGCCGGUUGGUGGCAUACCACACAGUGGCUUAGAGUUCUGAACCAACAGGAAGCGAAUAGUACCACCAACGACCGAGAAUGGUCUUCUCUGGUUGUAUUAUUACUGGCGAGCUUCAUGGCCCUCGGGCACACGGACGAAACAUCGUUGGCCAGAUUGGGUUGUGGUGUCCGCGUUCUUGAACCGAAGAGUAACUGGGAGGCCAUGGAGCUGUACGCGACCCCGGUGGCAUCUGCCAAUGCCCCGUGGAUGCAAAACAGGGGCUGGCAGUGGUUGUUGGAGGACAGCCUUCUCGACACUAUCCCAUCCAGCCAAGCCGUCGAGAGAGAUCGCGAUAGUCGCAAUAAGGCAGCCUGGAGUAUGAUGCUUGCGCUUCACCUCCUCAUGGAAGAGCAGACAUUGAGUGUCUUGUCUCCUGAAGAAGUCUCGCCAGGCCACAGUGAUCUCAGGGCGCUGCUCUGGCAGCUUGCGAGAUGGCUUGGAUGGCUGCAGUACGAGGAGCUCUACAGCCUCGGUCUUCAGGCAGAUCUCGACACCGAUGAUUCAGCUCCUCUUGCCCGAUUGGCCAUACCUCCACCCGUUUUCAAUCCUUGUGUCAUGACCUGGAUUCGGCAGCAUUUCACAACCGAUGGUGGUCCCGACUUCCUCACGCUUCCCCAAGUCUAUGCUACUGCCACGUCGGACGUUCGUGGACGCAGUCCGAGGGAGAGGGCCUGGCGUGACCUGACCCCACGCACCUUUAUGUUCCGGAAGCUCUUUGAGCUCCUCAAGUCAGCCAAGGAUCGUUUCGAAGCAGUGGCAGCCAUGCAUGCCGCCGGUUUCACUCCCCAAGUCCUCGAGACGUUACCAGAAGCCAUUUUGACUCCCUUACAAGACUUCAUUUUCAUCUGUCAGCCAAACCCACCUUUGUCUUGGCCCACUGAGCUGCUCAAGCUGGUCAACCGCACCGAUGUCAGCACCAUUCUCAAGCAAAUCAAGGUGUCAAAGACGAUUGGGUCAGAACUUCAACCACCUUCACACACGGCGAAAUGGGAUUUUCGUAUGCUGUGUCAGCAUUUGGAUGACUUGCAAGAACAUGGUGAGGACACUGAUGCCUCGGAAAGGCAACUGGUUGUUCGUACCCUGUUCAGGGAGGACCGGAGACUCAAUGAGGCCCAAAAUCUCUUAUCCUCGGGCAAGUCACGCGUUCUGCGGCUUGAUCCUAAGCCAGAGUGGUCUGAGUCAGAGUACCUGGAGAAGCAAAAGGAGCUGGUUACCACUGUUGCCACCAGCACGCUUGCCAUCCCACCUGGACGUGGUUUGCUGUACUAUUCUUUGCGGUACCCGCUCCUCACGCAAAAAUAUCACAUCAGUGGUUUCAAUCUUGCAUGCAUCAUCCGGCCUACCAACAACACCGUCAGUGUUGACAAGAGUCAGUUCACUGAAGAAAAGAUUAACUGGGCUUUCUUCCAUCAAGGCGUUGCCGGUGGGCUUGCGAUAUCGCCACAAGCCAAAGGCAUCGACACCUCUUGGAUCCUUUACAACAAGCCCGGCCAGGACCUCAGCAACCGACAUGCAGGCUUCCUGCUCGCCCUCGGUCUGAAUGGUCAUCUCAAGUCAGUGGCCAAGUGGGUGGCGUUUAAGUACCUUACCCCCAAGCACACCAUGACUUCGAUCGGCCUUCUCCUCGGUCUCGCCGCCUCGUACAUCGGGACCAUGGACUCUCUCAUCACCAGACUGCUGUCUGUCCACGUCACUCGCAUGCUUCCCCGCGGUGCUGCGGAACUAAACCUCUCCAAGCACACCCAGACGACCGGCAUUAUGGGCAUCGGUCUGCUUUACUGCAAGAGCCAACACCGGCGCAUGAGCGAAAUCAUGAUGUCGGAAAUCGAGCAUGUAGAAGACGGCGAGGAGGAAGACCCUCUGCGUGACGAAUCUUACCGCCUCGCCGCCGGUUUCGCUUUGGGGUUCAUCAACCUCGGCAAAGGCAAUGAUCUCAAAGGCCUGCGCGACAUGCGUCUCACGGAGAAGCUGCUCACCAUCGCCACGGCCACCAAGCGCGUCGAACUUGUGCAUGUCCUCGACCGCUCCGCUGCCGCCGCCGUCGUUGCUGCUGCCUUGAUUUUCAUGAAAUCGGAGGAUCAUAUCGUGGCACGCAAGAUCGACGUCCCUGACACCGUGGUGCAGUUUGACUAUGUCCGCCCUGACAUCCUACUUCUCCGCACAAUGGCCAAGCAUAUAAUCCUUUGGAAGGGCAUCACACCAUCCUUCGCCUGGAUCAAAGAAGGGUUACCAAGGGAGUACCAACCCCGCUACCGCCUGACGUCUACUAUCUGUCUACAAAGCAAGGAUCUCCCCUUCUUUUCCAUCCUUGCCGGUCUCUGUUUUGCUUUGGGCCUGCGUUUCGCCGGGUCCGGGAAUAUCCAAGUCCGCGACCUGCUUGUGCAUUACCUGGAUGAAUUUAUGCGCCUCGUCUCCAUGCCCAGGAGCAAUUUUGACGCGGAGCUUGCUCGCUCAAAUGCGCGCAUGUGCAUGGACAUUGUAGCCCUUUCCUGCGCAACGGUGAUGGCGGGCACCGGCGAUCUGGUGAUUCUCCGCCGACUUCGAGCGCUACAUGGGAGAGAUGACAAGGAAACGACGUACGGAAGUCAUAUGGCUUGUCAUAUGGCUAUCGGAGCCUUGUUCCUCGGUUACGGCACCGCUACCUUUAGCAACAGUGACCUUGCCGUCGCGUCGCUGAUUGUAGCUUUCUAUCCCAUCUUCCCCGCAACUGUUCAGGAUAACAGAGCUCAUUUGCAAGCCUUCCGACAUUUUUGGGUGCUGGCCACGGACCCGCGCUGCCUUGUCGCCAAGGAUGGGGCCACUGGGCAGAGUCUGAACGUGCCCGUUCUCAUCUUUCUGAGACGCAACAGUCCAUCAGCCCGCGCCGCCGCGGCCAACUCUGCCAUUGACUCACCCUUUGAAUCCUCAUCGGACGGUGUUGUCAUCCGCCGCCAAACUCCUUGCUUGCUGCCACCCCUGGACGAUGUCCUACGCGUCACGACGGAUGCUGGGCAGCAGGGCUACUGGAACCUGACCAUCGACUUUGAAACGGACCCAAGCCUGGUGGAGCAGUUGAAGGAGAACCAAACUUUGUCUUUGCGGAGGAGACCAGCGCUCGAAGCACCAUUUCCUGCUACCUUGCGUGCUUUGGGGCGAGGGAUGGGUCCGGUUGCAGAAGAUGGGCAGCUGAAGGAUCCGUUUGAGUGGGUUUUUGAACUUAGUGCUGGUGCUGAGGGUAGUGACUUACUUGGCACGAGUGGCGAUGCUGCCAAUGCUAUUAGCCACAGCAUGGGCAACGAGCUUGGAGAGUUGGCAAAGCUGACCCAUGCUGAAAGAGCGGUCGUGAUGGACCGGCUUGGCUCUGGCGGAGGCGUAGGCGAAGGUGAAGGCGCCACGACUUUCGUGGAUGCACGUCUUGUGCUUGAAAAUGAUCUGACCGGAGGUGGCAUGCCGAGCCGAGAGAAACUCCUAGGUCUCCGAUUGUUGUUCGAAUGGAUGGAAAGGCGGCAAUCCUUGGCUGUUCAGUCGCCUGUUUCGGCUGCUUUAUCUGCAUUGGGUACAUUGCCCGAAACACCGGCGGCGGCCGACGUUACGACAGCGGGCAGGACAACUGCAAAAGGGAAGAGUAAAGCCCGCGCAGGACACGCAGGGCAGGGGCCUACGACCAGGAGUAUGAAGGGCAAGGGAAAGAAGGUAUCUGUCGAGGAGGAGAAGGAGCAUUGUGUGCCAAACUGGGAUGAGCUGCGUGAAGGAUCCCGCCAUGGAUCCGCAGUAGCGUCAGGGGAUAAUUGGUGGAUCAGGGACAGCGUCGUUGAGGAUUUGAAGGGAAGGGCUUGGUUUGUCGGCCGGGACGGGAAGGUCUGAUGUUGAUGAGUAAUGCACAUGGUCAUGAGAGAUGAGUUACGGAUUCACGGCGCUCACGACGACGAACUAAGUCGGAGGAAUUAUCACAGAGGUAGGCCAAGCCUGAGAUUAACAUCCACGGCAGUAGAACAUUGAUGAUGAGUUCACACAGGUAUGGUACUUUGUAUUGCAGCUAAGUGUGGCUACCUCUACGAAU